AUGUUGCCCUACGUUAUGCGAUGUAACGCAAAGAUCCACCAGCUGCCAACGAUGGGUUUCGACAAUCUGAACUCGCUGGAAACCUUGAAUCUGCAGAACAAUAAGCUUCAACACAUUCCUGAAGAGAUCAUGGAACCGAUACUGGAUACUCUGCGAGUAGUUGACAUUAUGGAUAACCCUUUGAUCUGCGACUGCGAUCUAGCCUGGUACGAGUCGUGGCUGGCGGGCCUGCGAGACCGCGACGACGAAAUGAUGCAAAAGAAACGCACGGUCUGCACGAUGGUUAACGAACACCGCGAGUACAGCUUGGCCAAAAUGCCCCUCGAGAAAAUGAACUGCAAACGGAAACCGGGAUACGGCCCAUCCAGCGCCGCCCACACUUGCCCCAUCCUCGCGAUCAACUUCAUCGUCCUCGCCACCAGGGGGCUCUACAAGGGUUGGCUCCGGCUGAUAGUCCAAACUUUCUUCGGGAUGAUCAUAGUGGCCAGUUUCACGCUUAUUUUGACGAUGUCCUUAAAAUCACGUCAAUUAAGACCAGACCUACUGUCGAGGUGCAGAGUGGACCACUGCAGGGUCCUUUGCUUCGAAGCUCCGUACCUUGACGAUUAUGAAGAUGAUAUUAUUGAAGCGGCCUGGCAAGCCAACGCCAACUGUCCACACGUGGUAUUGACUCUGAAUCGACCAUUGUUUACAAACGCGACUCUAACUCCACGCUGGAUGUCUAAAAUUCGCUCAAACAUCAACGAGCUGGCGAUCAUAGGCGGCAACUUAAAACACAUACCAACAGGUGCUUUUAGUACCCAAUUAGCUAAUAAUCUUAACACUCUGAUUCUCGAAAACAUAGAAAUUUCCAGUUGGGGUCCGGAGACGUUUGUGGGUUUAUCCAGCCUUAAGCAACUUUACAUCAAAGACUGCGUGUACAACAAUAUAUCACAAAACGCGUUACAAGCAGUAGAUGACACUUUAGAAUUCUUGGAUAUAAAAGCCAACUUCUUGUGGAACCCCGUCAGCUUCACUGGAUCAGCAGACCUUAGGAGAUUAGAGACUGUUGACUUUUCGUCAAAUCCAUUCUACACCAUACUUGACAGGACAAGCUUUUCAGAACUACGUGUGUGUAAGAAACUGUUCUUGAACUCUUGCCGUAUUAACUUCCUCGGACCCGGUACUUUCGACGCCCUGGAUCGAAUCGAGAAGUUGUAUCUACAUGAUAAUUACUUGAUCAUCAUACCUGACGAUCUUUUCGGUAAAGUCAUACCGCGCAGACCAAGAAUCACCCUCCAGGAUAAUUUAUGGUACUGCAACUGCUCCCAGUCAAUCAUACGCGACUUGGAGGGUCUUUUAAUUGUUGACCCCAUUUGUAGAUACCCUGACAGUUUCAACGGUGUCACCUUUUCAGAAUUCAGGGGUCAAUGUGAAAUGAAGAAUAGUCCUGAGUUACCAGAAAUCGGUCAUGAGAAUAUCUCGUCUACGUGCUACUCAAGGAACGAUACAAAAACAUUUCAUAUAAAUGGUGUUUGUCACAACUCAACUUGUGAAGUGCACAAAGUGACAUCCCAGAAUUAUUAUUGUCGUUUGAACACUUCAGACAUGGCUGACAUGACAAGGGCUAUUAUAUCGAAGGAACAUCCAUUAGUGGACGGUAGUGACUGGUUGAGCUUAUCGUAUUCAGUGAGAAGUAAUCAUCAACUGAUCGUCGAGCUGUCAUCGAAGAAUGCACUGGGCCAGGGAUUACUCUGGUUUGACUCAACUUGUCCAAGCGAAAUCUACUGUAUGAAUGCAGUUCCCGAUGUGUUAAGAGUUUACGACGAACGAAUAGAAAUUCAAUACACGUUCUGUCCGUUCAAUUCGCUGACUGGUGAGAUUAACCCCGAACAAUGUGUCUUCUACAGCCUCGCUGACUUAGACAAUACUGUACUAAAAACCCACGACCUGCUAUUGAUAAUAGGAUUCACAAUUCUAUCGAUAGUAUGCCUGAUUUUUGGCGCUAUCUGCGUCUAUGCUCUAAUCCAACGCAACCCUCACCUCUUAAAGGGAAACAAACGAAUACUAUUUGUAAAACAUAAAGAAAUAAACGCACUGAUCCUUCCACCAAAGGUGCCGUUACGCAAAAGUAUAGACGACACUGAUUUAAGAGACAAGAUCGAGAAAAAGAUAUUCUUCGUGUCGACUCAUCACGAGAGCCUAUCGAACGUUGAAAGAUCAUACACGAGCAGCAAUGAAGUGAGCUACAUAUCAGCAUUGCAACCGACAGACGAACAAUUGGAGCAGUGGAGAAAGAAGCAGAACGACUUAAAGAAGCAAUACAAGUCACUGACAUCUGAGGUGUACCAAUUCUCCAAUAUUUUCGAUACUGAAUCGCUACCAUAUUAUUCGUUGAGCGAAAGAAUCUACGAUACACCUAACGUUACUAAGAAUUAG